CCCAAUACCCAUUCCUUCAAAUUGCAUACCCCAUUUUCCCUUUGUUUGUCAAGAGAGAGAAACAACCAUGUGCUAAAACUAAAUGUGUCUAUUUCAGGGUACCCCACUUUCUCGUCAUCCCUCACUGCCAUUUGUGAUUUUCUUUUUCAAUGACUGUCCUCAGAAGAGCAACAGUGAGCUUAGAGUCUCAUUCUUGGCUGGCUUUUGCUUCAUUAAUGACUCCAUUUGAUCAUCCUCUCCUGUUUUCCUAACAUUUUACUUGAGGCUGUUUGAAGAAGAAGAAGAAGGCUAGGUAACUGUUUGAAGAAGCUUUCAUGGGGAAGUGUGAUUUGUUGUUACUUCUCUGCUUUGCUUGGACUUUCUUGUUUGCUGAAGCUUACCAAUUGCAAGCCUCUCAAGCUCAAGUGCUUCUCCAGUUAAGGAAGCAUUUGGAGUAUCCAAAGCAAUUGGAAUCAUGGACUGAUCAUAGAGUAGAUUUUUGCACACUGUCUUUUCUUCCUCUUGUUAAUGUUACAUGCCAAGACAGUGUGGUCACUGAGCUUAGAAUUGCUGGUGAUACCAAAGACAAAGUUGAUGAGUUCAUUGGUUUUGCAAUACCAAAUCAAACUUUAUCAGAGGGUUUCUCUCUUGAUUCUUUCAUCACCACUUUGACUAGACUUAAUAGCUUGAGAGUUCUUAGUCUUGUGUCUUUGGGAAUCUGGGGUCCACUUCCAGACAAAAUCCAUAGACUAUCUUCACUUGAGUAUCUUGAUUUGAGCUCAAAUUAUCUUUUUGGUUCAAUCCCACCAAAGAUUUCUACCCUGGUGAAGCUUCAAACUCUUAAACUGGAUGACAACUUCUUCAAUGAUACUGUGCCUAACUGGUUUGAUUCAUUGUCUAGUUUGACAGUGCUGAGCUUGAAAAACAACAAGAUCAAGGAUUCAUUUCCAUCUUCAAUCGUCAGCAUAAGUACCCUUACUGAGCUUGUCAUGUCUGGCAAUGAAAUUUCUGGUGAAUUGCCAGAUCUAAGUCCCUUACAUGGCCUAACUGUGCUGGACUUAAGCUGGAACAAAUUAGAUUCAUCACUGCCUCCACUACCGAAGUCAUUGAUCACAGCUUCACUCGGAAAAAACUCAUUUUCGGGAGAGAUUCCACAACAAUAUGGCGAACUUAGUCAGCUCCAACAGCUUGACAUAUCAUUCAAUGCAUUGGCUGGCAUUCCUCCUGCUAGCAUCUUCUCCUUGCCCAACAUCAGCCAUUUGAAUCUUUCCUCGAAUAAGUUAUUCGGGUCGUUAUCGACCCACCUGAGGUGUGGCAACAUGCUUCAGUUUGUUGACAUAUCUAACAAUAUGCUUACAGGAGCAUUGCCUUCCUGCUUGGGAAUUGAAUCCGAUAAUCGAACUCUUAAGGUAGAUGGGAAUUGCUUAUCUGUUAGUAUUGGGAAACAGCAUUCAAAGUCAUAUUGUGAUAUAGACCAUAUACAACAGCAUCAGCACCAGGAGCAGUCUAAAGCCAAAAAUGCGGGAGCUGUAAUGGGAUUACUUCUUGGAAUCUUUUUGUCCGUGCUUCUACUUUCAAUUGUGGUUGUUUUAUUUAGAAGAUGUUGGCCUAGAGGAAUGUCAGAACAACAUUUAUUGCAGAAAUCAGUUCAAGAUAGUUCAGCAGCAGGAUUCUCAUCAGAACUUCUAACAAGUGCAAGGUUUGUUUCUCAAGCUGCAAAGAUAGGAAUUCAAGGCCUUCCAUUGUGUAGGACUUUUUCAUUGGAGGAGAUAAGAGAAGCUACAAGCAAUUUUCAUGACUCAACCAUCAUCGGUGAUGGUUCGUAUGGGAAGCUUUACAGAGGGAGGCUGGAGAAUGGGACUCAAGUUGCCAUAAGGUCCUUGGUUGUAUCAAAGAAAUUUUCCAUUAGAAAUCUUAAGCUUAGGUUAGAUAUGCUUGGAAAGCUCAGGCACCCAAAUUUGGUCUGUCUUUUGGGACAUUGCAUUGAUGGAGAAGGACAAGAUUAUCAUGACAUCAAGGUCUUCCUCAUAUUCGAAUACGUUUCAAAUGGGAGUUUCCGUACACAUCUCUCUGAGAAGGUUUUGAACUGGUCUGAAAGAUUAGCAAUUCUAAUCAGUGUUGCUAAGGCUGUCCACUUCCUGCAUACUGGAGUUAUUCCGGGUUUCUUCGACAACCAACUAAAGAUCAACAAUAUCUUGAUUGAUGAGCAUAAUGUGGCAAAGUUGAGUGAUUAUGGAUUGUCCAUUGUCUCUGAAGAACCAACCAAAUCUGUGGCAAAAGCAGAAGGCCCUCAAGCUUGGCAACUGAUGAACUUGAAGGAUGAUGUAUAUAGCUUUGGGUUUAUACUACUAGAGGCACUUGUGGCACCUUCUGUUUCCGCCAGAAAAGGCCCCUCUAUACUAAAGGAAAUGAUGAGCUUGAGCAGCCAGGACGGGCGGAGGCGACUCAUCGACCCAACAAUUCUAGCUACUUGCACGCAAGAGUCUCUAUCAACCAUUAUUUCCCUAAUGAACAAGUGUAUUUCCCCUGAAAUGAGUCGCCCAUCGAUGGAGGAUGUUCUUUGGAACUUACAAUAUGCAAACCAAGUACAAGAUGCCAGGGAUGGUGAUCAAAGAUACAGUUCAGCAUCACAACAAUGAUGUCUUUUUCCUUUUCUUUUCUUCUUAAAGUUGCUUCAUGAAAUCGAAUUCUCUUCUGAAAGCAAGAGAUUCUCAGAAUGCAGAUUGUUGAAGAGCUUUGUCUAAAGUUUUCUUUUUCCCCUGAAGUUUCUUGUUUUUUAGAAGUUAUAUAAGAAUAACUUAAAUUGAUAUUUUAGACAUGUCAUCUCUUGACAUUGCUGUUAAAAUGUAAAUCCCUCCAAAUAAAAGAUCCCAUUUUCUUAA